AUGGUACCGCACAAUAGCCUACAGCUUCAAAAUGAGACUUUACAGCCUGACCCUGAAGGAGAUACCUUUGAAAUGGGUCUCUACAUGUCAUCGCAAAAGGAAAUCGCCAGUCACAUUAGACUAAAGAGAAAACGGACAUUGUCUCGAUGCCGUUCAAAAUUAACCCGAUGGUUGACUCGAGCUUGGUUUCGCUUCAAAGACACAGUUCUGGAGCCGGUACUGACAACAUGGCGCUUCGUGGAGCUUUCUUUCCUGUUUGUACCUGUGCUGCUGGCAUAUCCAAUCACAUAUUUCGGCCACAUGGUGGAAGUAACAGACUCGACAAAAAGUGCUAAAACCUCGUAUGGUGCGUUGUUGUGGUACAGGCUUCUCAGGCACGUUUUGGAAAUCGCAGGUCCUAGUUUCAUUAAGUUGGGACAAUGGGCAGGGUCCAGAACCGACAUUUUCUCUCACGGGCUGUGUGUAGAGCUCUCGAAACUUCACAGCAAUGCGAAAAAACAUUCUCUAAAAUACACAACCCACUCGCUACGCGAAGCGCUCGGUGUGCAGAGUCUAGACGACGUGUUUGAAGAAUUUCAAGAAAGGCCAUUGGGGGUGGGUGCCAUAGCCCAGGUGUACGUCGGUAAACUGUCCAAGGAAUUUGUGGAGAAACGUCAGCUACAGCUUAAUCCGGAAGAAAAUAGAUGGUGUGCCAUUAAAGUCAUUCAUCCUCAUGCGGCGCGCAAAAUCAGUCGAGAUUUGAAAAUAAUGAGAUUUUUCGCAGAAGCCAUUGACAUGGUACCCACUAUGGAGUGGUUAUCGCUUCCCAAUGAAGUAGAGCAAUUUUCGAUUUUGAUGCGGCUACAAUUGGACCUUCGAAUAGAGUGCUUGAACUUGCGCAAAUUUAAUGACAAUUUUAAAGAUUCACUGCAGGUGAAAUUUCCUACUGGAUUCCAAGAGCUAACCACACGCCAGGUUUUGUUCGAAGAAUACUUGUAUGGCUUUCCGAUGGAGGACUUCUUGCGGGCCAAGGACGACCUGAAGGAUCCGGCGCUGAGUAAGAAGGUCAGCGACCCUUUCAUCGACGCUUUUCUUCAAAUGCUGAUUCUGGACGAUUUCAUCCACGCGGAUCUGCAUCCUGGAAAUGUCAUGGUCCGUUUCAUCAAGACGGAUAGAUAUGAUAGCAAAUCUUUGUCGACGGAAGAAGACUGCUACGAGCUUGUGCACCGAUUGAAGACAAAGCUCAAAAACAAGGACGAUACUUUCAACGAGGAACUGAGUAACAUAGUUGGUCAGUAUACUCCACAGAUAUGUUUUAUUGACGUCGGGCUUGUUACGGAGCUCAACAAACGCAACAGGGCCAAUUUUAUCUCUCUUUUUGACGCUUUGGCAAGAUUCGAUGGAUACCGUGCCGGUGAGUUGAUGAUCGAACGAUCCAGAACCCCCGAAACCGCGGUCGACAAAGACCUUUUCGCUUUCAAAGUCGAACGGCUUGUCAAAAAGGUCAAAAAACGCACAUUCACGCUAGGCACUGUUUCCAUCGGUGACCUACUGGACCAAAUGCUCAGUAUGGUGCGGGGCCACCACGUUCGGAUGGAAGGUGACUUCGUGUCCGUGGUGGUGGCUAUUUUGCUUCUAGAAGGAAUUGGGAGACAACUCGAUCCAGACUUGGAUUUGUUCGCAAGCUCGCUCCCUAUCUUGCGAGAAUUUGGAAUGAAACGUGAGGGCCGCAGUAUUCUACAGGACGUGGAUACUUUGUCGAUGUGGAAGAUAUGGCUCGGACUUGAAGUCCGUCAAUUCAUGAAUUUAUCGGUAAAACAAAUGCACGACCUAGUGAAGACGGACCAGUUAUGUCCAAACUAUUGA